CGGAACACCUCCCGUCUCUCUGUACUGUACGACUGCAAUCGUUGCAUGGAGUCAGUCGUUUCACGAAUACCGCGGGUGGUUUGCGCGAAGGCUCGCCGCCGCCUUUAGCCGUUGCGCGACGGAUCGUCCGUCGUUUCGCGGUCCGAGGUUCGUCCGCGUGUCUUCGACCACCUUUCCCGCCUGGAUUCUUGUGCGGUUUUACUCGUCGAUUUGAGUGACAAUCGCGAGCGAUGUAAUCGUGCCCUGACGUCACACGGCUAAUCAAGUGCACACACGAACGCAACACAGGCGCGCGCGCGCCUGCUACUCGUAUUCGUAUACACGGAUGGUCUACGUAGCUGCACACGGUAUACUACAUACAACACGUAUACAGCCGUGCACACGGCUAAACUGAUAGAGAGAACGAAGGAAAGGGAAACAGUGUGCAAGAUCGCAAAAGACAGAGGAGAAAGAACGGAAACGGAGAGAUAAGAAAGAAAGGGAAAUAUAUAUAUAUAUAUAUAUAUAUAUAUAUGCGUAUCUACAUAUAUAUGUAUAUGUUGCGUAGCAAGAGAACGGUAUUAGAGAAAAGGGGUGAGGCGUAAGACGUAUAGACGGAGGACAAUUCACACUUGCAUACGUCUAUGUAGGCUUGUACGAGCCUUUCGCCUUUAUAAAACAUUAUGCGUAGAUAUUACAGCGAAAAACACGAGACGGUAAGAAGCCCGAAAUUCUUUCUCCGGUUGAUAUAUUCGAGCAUCGAUUUUUCUCGAACGACUUGUUUUUGUAACUCUCGCGAAGUAUUUCGUGUUUUCGACACGUGCAAAACAAGGCUAUGAAAUAGAAUAAAGAAGAACCAGACGAAAGAGCGAGAGAGAAGUGUCUACAUCUCGUGGCGCCCCGUUGUGUUUUUCUACGGAAAACUGUGCUCGGAACCUGCGUGAACUUUCAGAGUGGAAGAAAACGUUUAGCAAACGGAAGAGAAAAAUUUUUCUUUCAGAAAGGUAGACCGAAAGGCGAAGAAAAAUUUCAUUCGUACGUAUAUCGUUCGAUCUAAUCAGUGAAACUCGGUGAGAAACCAAACGGAGAAGUUUGAACUGGAACGACAAACUUCAAUGGACAAAACAAGUUUUAUCCCAAUCGAACCGGUCAGUGAGUGUAAUAUAAUUUUUGUGUGUUAUCUCUUGUUGAAGCCUUUUUUCUCUGCUGUUAUGUGAAUUUUUAUCAUGAAUAUAGAAGUGUGUACGUGCGACACGAUUGCGGGUGUACCUUGUUCGUGCAAUAAUAAGAAAGUGGGGUCUGUACGUUCCGUUUUUAUUAACUUGUCGGACGGUCCACUGCUUUGAGAGUCAAGUUCGUCGCGCUUCGCUGUACGCGCCGUGUCUGGUGCGCACAUAUUUCCUCGCGCUUUCGGUUGCGCUCCGCGACAAGCUUUCUAUUCCAAGUGAGAUGAAAUAUAUCCUCUCCGUCAUAUCGAGAACUAUCGGAUUGGCAAAGAUUACGAAGAUCUCUAAAAGCUGCAGUGCGAGGAAACCUCAUCGAGGAGGAUGAAAGAAUCUUUGACAGCUCGAUCACGACAAGACGAUUCCCAAAAGAAAUACUUAUUCUCAGGCGUUCGCACCUGAGAUAUUCUCUCGUUGGUGUCUUUGUGAGAAUUGCUUAUUGAAUAUUUAUAGGAGAUUGCACGCAUAGGAAAGCGGACAGAGAACCGUUCCUGGUCAGUGAUAACGGUCGAGUUCGAUAAAACAGGAACGUCUAAGUUUUCUAUUCUUCGUCGAUAGAUCACGCAUGCGAUAAUACGCGGUUAACGAUGGAAGGAAAAUCUGCGAAUAUCUGGACGUGCACGUGAGCGAGCGAGAAAGUCGACGUGUCGAAAAGUGAAGUCGAUAUUGGAGGGCGAAAAGGAAACGAUGUGACGGUGCUGCUCGGUCGAUAAGAAGAGUCAUAUCGUGUAAAGUGCCAAGAAGACCAGAGAAAAAGAAAGUGUACUUAAUAUCAGUUAUUUUUGUUUUACGUUCGCGAUAGUGAUCUUGUGUUAUUGGUGACGUGACAAGAUUCUUGGGUAAAAGAGACGCCGAAUGUCGGUAAACGAAGAGGAAGCGUACGAUAGGACGUUGCGAUUAAGAACGCAUGUUCGGCCAGUGAAUUUCGGUCGAGGAAAGGAAACUAUUCGUCUUCGUUGAUUUUUCGUUGUUCUCAUCAACACGGGACGAAACGAGAAGUGACCGAGAGUGAAACGAAUUAUUACGUUUCUUCGUUCGUUGUUUUUACGGACUCGCGAGCCACUAGGUAUUCGAUUCGUGGUUUCGGACUCGACGCAGAAGAAGCGGCAAUUUUCUUCGCGAAAACGAGAUAAAAAAAGAAGGGAUUCCACGAAUUUGACAAAUUGGAAAAGUGUUGGUGGUGAUUAAUAGUGGUGCAUUCGUUGAUUAUUGGUGGUGAUAUCCGCGUUAUUGGUUGUGAGAGGGUGUGGUGAAAAAAAAAAAAGAAAAAACGGGGUGGUGUGGUGGUGGCACAUCGUGCAAAAAGAGAACACUCGACUGUGACUCUUAACUCAUUACCACGGAUCUCCCCCGGCAGUUUGACGCCACAGCCAUCCUCGAUGAGAGGAGGCACAUGUCCAUUGCUGCCGCUGAAAAUGCAGGGCCUAGCCCGUGUGAACUACAGGACCCACUGUGGGUCAAAAUGAGUGCGAUUACUGGCAGCAUCACCAAGAAAAGAAAGAAAUCAGAUGCCAAGCCUCAGUCGCAGAUUAACAAGUGCCUUAACGAAAAAAGACGACGGAACCAGGAGAACCUGUUUAUCGACGAGCUUGCCGAGCUGAUUUCCGCCACGGACAUGAGCUCUGGCAAGACUGACAAAUGCCAGAUCCUUCAGAGAACCGUCGACCAGAUUCGGCACAUUAGGGAACAGGAAGGCUCGAAUAGUCAUGCGGUACAACAGGGAGAAGUGUCUUCUUCGAAUCCUAACAUACUGUCCAACGAUCAAGUUGGUCCUAUUUUACUCGAGGCGCUAGAUGGCUUCCUUUUUGUUGUAAAUACGGAGGGACGAGUGGAGUACGUAACAGAUAACAUAACUCAGUACAUAAAUUACACGAAGGACGAUGUGCUCGGCAAGGAUAUUUAUAAUAUUAUUCAUCAUGGAGACCACAACACCUUCAUGCCGAGCUUGUCGCCUAUACCAUUAGCCUGGAUGAACGAGCAGCCGCCCCAAAGGAACCGUACCUUCACUUGCCGCUUCUUGGUGAAGCCUCCCGAUGAUAAAGAAGAGACUAUGGAGGAGAAGCAGCAACGAGUAUCAAAAUACGAGACUAUGCAAAUCUGUUCAGCUCUUUUGCCAAAUAAUAGUGAUCGUCUGGAGAGCGGUGACGUAUCGUCUGAAUCUUCAGACAACGGUCCUUGCGUUAUGUGCGUGGCUCGCAGGAUACCCCCAAACGAGAAGCCCAUUGGUACGCCCAUCGAACAGUUCACCGUUAAGUUGGACACUACGGGGAAGAUUAUCGCGGUUGAUGUUAUCUGGUUAUCGUCUCCUUACUCUGAGUACCUAAGCAAGGAGUUAAUUGGCACGACGAUAAAGGACCUGUGCCACCCUCAUGAUCUCAGUAAGCUAACUGCACAUUUGAACGAUACGCUUCAAGUCGGUGAGAGUACCAGUGGCGUGUACCGACUACGCGUUAGUCCUGAUAAGUUCCUUAAUAUUCAAACAAAGUCAAAGCUUUUCAAAGCAAAUGUGAUGAACACACUUGUUGCCGACUUCAUUAUGGCCACCAAUACCAUCAUUGGGGACAAUGACUUAACGCCUAUCGAGGGUGGUCAGCUUUCCAACAACAAAGUGUGCUCUGGACACUCUAGUAACCGUUGUGCGAAUAAUAGUAAUAAUAAUAAUGGUAACAAUAACAAUAACGUGGGUGGCCCGCUGAUGUCCGUGGCGCAUCUAAACGGUCAAGUGAGUGGUAUCAGUAGUCGGGGGUUGGCGGGUACGUCGUCGCACACCGGUACCGCCGCGACAUCGUCAAACUCGAUAGUGUUUAGCGCGGCCGAGUCUUGCAACCCCCUGCCAUCGCUGAGUACCAGUAAUCCGUUCAACCACUUUUCGGGGAACAUGGACUUGGAAUUCGAGCUCUUCCCCAGUUCCACAUGGGACUUGGAUAGUAACAGCGGGUGGGCAGAUAGGCCCGAAUCGAGAGCGAGCGGGCCACCAAAUUCACGACCAUCUUCCCAGCCAGCCCCGACAUCUCCGAGUCCCCAGGGAACGUUCUCCUCUAACUCGGCGGUGGCGCCUCACUGCAGUCCCCUACGCGCGUUCAGCCCGACUUCAGGCAACGCAGCUCACACCUUCAGUAAUUCGUUCCCCUUCAGUCCGCUUCAGGAAUCACAGACGUCCUCCUUGACCAACAGCGCUACUAGUAGUGUUAGUGCCAACGGAGCCGCCGGAUUGACGCCCAAGAGACAGGAUGAAGGGAAGACCGGAUGUUCGACGACCAACCAAUCUGCCAUGGAGGCGAGCAACGCGAGAAACAACGCGACCUCCGUCACUGGAACUGCGGCCGUUGCAGCCGCUGUCGCAGCCGCAGCCGCGGCUGGCCAAACUGGCUCCACCGGCACCGUUAUCGAAACUCAGAACAGUGUUGUGUCCACCGAGUCUGGUAGACUAAGAAACUUGUUGACCAAGGGGGCUAGUGCUAGUGAGGACAGUCAGGACAAUACGAAUAACGAUUCGGAGAGAGAAAAUAAACAUAGAAUAUUGAAGAUCUUGUUGAAUCAGCAAGAUGAGGACGAUUUUCAUCCCGAGCAUAAUAAUAAAGUGCGCACGAGUCCUAGCAACAUGCCGAAACCGAGCAUGGAGCAUUCGAAAUCUUCGCUUGGAAAUAAUAUGCUGCUACAGCUAUUAAACGAAAAGAACGACGACGAGGAUGAAGAGGCUCGCAUUGGCUUAAAGAAGAGGAACGAACUUCUGCAACAGCUUCUGAAAGACCAAGAUGACGAGAGAAAAGUACAAGAACAACAGUGUAAGUCACAAACUCGGGAAGAGGAUUCUCUGUUGCGAAGUCUUGGAUUUCGGAACACGACGCCAUCGCCGUCUCAAUCGAGCGACAAUGUCGGACACGGUGUUUCCACUCAAGUCGGUCAGAAGAGACCUGGCGAAGAUGGUGACGUGAACAUAGCCGCGAAACGACCCAUGGAUGGAUCGCAUCAAGUGUCUUCUUCUGGCACGUCCACUAACGCGACCAGCAAGCUCUGGGAGAGGAACAAGAUGUUGGCUUCGUUGUUGGCCAAACAACCUCCUCAGCCAACCACUAUCCCACCAAUACCUGCAUCUGUGAUAUCGGCUACCCCGCAGGACAAGCUGCUUCGCAUAGGGUUAAAAUCCCAACAGCAACAGCAGCAGUCGCAACAAUCGCAAUCCCAGCCACAACAACAGCAGCAGCAACAACAACAACAGCAGCAGCAACAACAACAACAACAACAACAGCAGCAACAACAACAGCAACAGCAGCAGCAGCAGCCUUGGACAGGUGGCAGCUUGCAGUCGGUUGGUGGCAAUAAUACGAUUACGACUACCGCUACUUCCGCACGUACUCCUCUCCAAAGCCAGUCGAGACAACUACCUCGCCAAACAACCAAUACCUACCUCACUCAUAUGCUAAGUCAGCAACAAAGACCUCAAAUUGGUCAAAUAGAUUCGGAAUUUACGGGCAGCGGGGAGUAUCGGCAAACGAGCACCGAUCCCAGUGGUUGGGAUAACCAGUCAUCAGAUCCUGAUCUUUCCGAUAUCUUAGAUCAAGUUAUCGAGUUCGUGCCGGAUGAAGCUAUCACAGAUUCGUCUGCGAUAGCAAAUCUCCUAGAUGCAAUCGAAGCACCGCAAAACAACGCGUUGAACGAGAAGAUGGCGAUUAACGCGAUACAGAAGUCGUUGAUGUUAUGCGAGACUGCCGUAAAUCCAACGUCUUCCACCAUAACAAUUCCUGGCACGCCUCCAGCUUACUCUACAGCAUUGGGUACCACCCCUGUAACGACGAGUCAUAGUUACCAGCCACCACCGAUAUAUCAACAACAGUCAAGGAUGAGGUUUAACACGCAACCGGGCGUCAGGCAGACGACCGCUCAAUUCACGCAACAGCAGCAAUUACAAAUGCAACAGCAACGGACGAAAAUGAUACAACAACAACAACAGCAACAGUUGAAGCAGAGGUUGCUGCAGCAACAGCAGCAACAGCAGUUACUCAUUCCUUCCAAUGCUACAGCUACGGACCAAAUUACUACCGGAAUUCACAAUAUCGACAACCUUUUGAACAAUACUGUUGCGCCAAAUGUAUCGUUACAGCGGUCGAGUGUUCCAGAUUCACAAGUGUCUCCAGGUUAUGGGGGAUCCGUCCAGAUGCCUUCCGGUCAUCGACUUGCUCAUUCGUAUUCUCAUCCUUCGACGUUACCACAACACCCUAUUGUAAACAGUAAUUUUAACAGUGGUCAACAAGUGUCUGUGGCAGCGCGACUCUCGCCGCACUCUCCGGCUGGUAUUUUGUCAUUUUCCCACCCUCAGCCGUUGUCGCCACGGGUGACGCAAGGCAACUAUGGUAAUACCCCGAGAUUAUUCACCGUUAACCAGGUGAGAUCGCAGCAACAACCUACCGCGCAGCAGCAGUUGCAGCAACAGCAGAGAUCGAUGCCGUCGCCAGGGACUCCAGCAUCUGCUCGACAGUCUCCGUUUCCUGCGGAAACCUUUCCCCCACCUACGUCCCCCACAGCCAGCCAAUUUCCACCUGGCCCUAAUCCUGGUGCUCCAAAUCCUUCGACCCAAUAUCGGUUGCAACGGACCACUUCUACACCUUCAGCUACGACUCAGUUGCCAGGUGGGGUAGGUUCGCCCCGGCACUACGGCGGAGUGAGUAAGGAACAACCUCUUCUUUCACCUAGUCAUCCACAUUCGGGUUGCAACCCGGCAACACCGACUCACAAUCAACACAACGUAACGAAUACCCAACAACACUUCUCCAACCAACAACAUUCUUCUAUGAUAUACCACACGACCGCCAAUACUAUCAACACAGCUGACAUGCAGAACAAUCAGUUCUGUUACGAUCGGACGUCUGUUCCACUCUAUUCGUCAGGGCCUGGGGACACGCAGGAUGCCAGGUCUUUGCCUCCCGGUAAUCCUGUCAAUCACCAAUUGGGUGGAAAUGCUAGCAGCACUUCGGAGUUCGUAAGGCAAGAACUGAGAGCGAUCGUUGGCGCACGAACGCAACAACAGCAACAACAAAGGAUACCUAACAAUAUUCAGAACAACCUUUCUGGUCAAGUAUCUCAGGAUGAUCUCGAAGCACUCGGUCUGACGUUUGAAAUGUCUUCUGCAGGUGAGGCUGUGGUUAGCGAUGGCCCUGCCAAGAGCUGGGCCAUUGGGAGUGCCGGAAGUGCCCCCUCAUCCUCCAGGACUUCUAUGGAGGAAGUAGCUCGAGGUGAUCCGAAGGUGAACCAGUCGUCCCUGUUACAGAAACUGUUGUCCGAGUGACUGCCGGCCAACGCUCUGCACAGUAAAGGGAUCUAUGUAAUAUACGUUUGAACGCGAAACCAGAGACAGGAAGAACGAGAAAAGGGAAAGAAGCAGUGUGAGAAGAGAGAAUUACAAGAGAACGAGAGAAAAGAAAUUGGAUGGAAAUCGAUGAUACAUACACGCAUGUACACCCUAUACGUAAUGGAUACUAAUUGUAUUAUAUGUAAACGUUGCAACACACGAAGUCAGUAUUCAGAUACGUAUCACCAAAUACAAUUUCGAAAGAAGAAUUAAAGAAAAGAAAUGUUAGACCGCUGCGCCGUGCUCUCCGUGGCCUCUUUGCGUUUCGAACAGUUCGAACUCGCGGAACAAGAUGUCAGGGAUCGUCGACCGAGUGCAUCGACGUUAAACUCGCUCGAACUCCAAGGACGAAAUGGUUUCCGUUUUUCGUUUGGCUGCGUCGAGAUCUUUUCCACGAUUCCACCAGGUCGUCCUUGACCUCGUUGAUGUCGAGACGGAUGAUCUUAGUUUUCGUGAGGAAUAACCGGCAAGGUGGAUCAGUGUCGAUGAACGAUCGAACGAACAGCAAUUGGUGGAUCGAAAUUUGUGAAUCGAAACCGGAGAAAAGGUGUGAGAACAUGGAUCUCGCGAUUCGACGAUGUUAGGCGAUGAGAGGAGGUUUGGUCGCGGGGAGCACGUGGCACGAUAGCGCGAUGUUCUUAUUUUAUAUAUAUACAUGGAUAUAUAAAAAAGAAAGAAAGCCUUUCUCGAGGCAACCCAGCUUCGGACGAUAUUUGAGUAUAUAUAAAUAGAUAAAUAUAAAUAAAUAAAUAUAGAUAUAUAUAUAUAUAUAUAUAUGUAUACAUAUACAUAUACAUAUAUAUGUGUAUAUAUAUAUAUAUAUAUAUACACAUAUGGUUACAAAUAUAAUACCGACACGAUGAACUGACGGCCGUGUAACUCUGUAUCCAGGGUUGCUACGCAUUGCCGUCAGUAUUGUAUUUGGUAUCACUGAAAGAAACUACGUAGGUACCUCAAAGGUAUACUUUAUUAUACCACUGGCUGUUGAACAUAGAACUAUUUAUAGGUUUAAUUAUUGUACACAAGAGUGAUGAAGUAAGAGUAUGAUAAAGAAGGCGGUGGAGAAGCUGAAAAAAAAAAAGAAAGCAAAUAGAGCACUAUUUCACGUAUUCUCUUAAUUUAACGAUCCGUUUUGACUAUUACAUUUAUGAAUAAUAUAUUUGUGAUUGUAAGAAUCCGCAACCAAAAUGUGACAAAGAAUACUUGUUGUUGUUAAUAUGAUUAUAACUAUUAUUAUUAUAUAAUAAUUAUUAUUAUUUUAUUUUAUUUUAUUUUAUUAUUAUUAUUAUUAUUAUUAUUAUUAUUAUUAUUAUUGACAUCAUGAUUAUUGCUAUUACCAAUAUUCUUAUUGCAAUUACUAUAUUAUUAUAAUAUUAAGGAUUAUUAUUAUUAUUAUUAUUAUUAUUAUUAUUAUUAUUUUAUUAUUAUUAUAAUAAUAAUUAUUAUUAUAUCAAUAUUGAUAUUAUUGAACACUUGGAAUAUGCAUAUUUCUAUUCAAUAGUAAGAGUACCUUUAUAUAUACAUAUAUAUAUAUAUUGUAUAAAUGUAUAUGUAUAUAUAUGUAUAGGGAUUUAUAUAUCGUGUUAUAUAUACAUAUGAUUCGUUCGUUUAUUUAUAUAUAAUCGGUAUAUAAAUUUACGUAUAUUUAUAUAUGUAUGUAUACGUGUGGAGAGGAUGAAGAAAAUGAAAUGAAAAAAAUGGAGAUCGAUCCUUCUAUUUUGCAUAGCUCGGUAAUUCUCUUUCGAGUCUUUAGAGAUGCACACUAAAUUACUUCUCGAACGACAUCCGUUGUUGCAUUGAUCGUAAUUGAAAAGAAAGAAAAAAUAUGUCGAAGAGAAAUUAAGAGAAACGAAAAAAGAAACAAAGGAAAAAAAGUGGAAAAUACGUCUAAUUCACGUUUAUUGUAUAUAUAUAUACACACGCCGCGCGACACAAAACAAUCGGUGUGUAUAUAUGUAUAUCAUACAUGCAUAUGAAAGAAAUCUCACGCAAGUGUCUUAUUUUUCCAGGAUGUUCACCGAUUAUUAAACGAAAAGAAAGAUUGAAAAACAGAGUUUAAAAAAAAGAAAAGAAAAUGAUAAGCGUAAAAAAACAGCGGAAGAAGUAAGUUGGAAGAAAUUGCCACGAGGUAGACACUCGCGAGUCUUGGUGAUAGCGUACUUCGUUUUUCACGGAAGUCGCUGUUCACCGUCGUGACCAGAAGUCUGCGCCAGAAUGCGUUAACAGUUUGGUUUUUCUCUCACUUUUUUAAUGCGAGGAUAGUGUCCCCUAGCGUAGCUGUUUUAAUGCGAUAUACAUAUAUAUAUAUAUACAACAUGUAUUUUUUUAAUCCAAAUUGUUCGUCGUCGAGAUUUUUUAUUAUUCCCCUCAGCAUUCGUUCUUUUGUUAAUAUAUUCUGUUUUCUUUAGGUUCGAUUUUAAGGCACGUGUUCGUAGAACACGGUGCAAAGGUAUGCGGGGAGAUUGCGGGGGAGAUCAAGUUUAACGCUAUUGUUUGCUUGAGUGUCUCUUAUGUUAGGCGUAUAGAUGAGAAAUUCGUUUUUUUUUCUCCUGUUUUUUAGGAACAAUUUUAUCGAGCGUUAGUAGUUUUUAAUGAUUUUAUUAAUAAAAGGAAUGUUACCGUUCUGGAGGUUACGUUUAGAUCGUAAGAAUCGAUGAUCGAUGGGAAAAGCAAAAUGUGGUAAUCGAAGAAGGUAAAAGGACGUACUAUUUAAACGAAUAUGGAAGAAGAAUAUGAAACCGUACAUGUAAAAAGAAAAAGAGGUCUGUGUAGAAGAAAACAAAGAGAAACGAUUUGGAAGGACGAAGAUCGAUAUUUAUACGAGUAUAAUUAAUUGCUGUGAUGACACUGGCCUGCUCAUCUCUGUUGCACUUUCUUCCAAUUAUUCGGUCAGUUACAAAGAGUUGCGUAAAAUAAAAAACAAAAGGACAAAAAAGAAAAAAAAAUGAAGAAGAAAAGAAAGAUAUGAAAACCCUAUAAAACACAUUCGUGAGGUACUCUGAAUAUGUACACGUGCAUACAUAGACAUGUAUACUCGUUUCGUUAGUCGCGCGUCGCCGUUCACACAGCGGUUAUUUUGUGUGUGUGUGUGUGUGUGUGUGUGUGGCGCACACGCGCGCCCACGUACGUGUGUAUGUAUGCCCGCGCGUGUGUGUAUGUGUGUGCUUACGCCUGCGUGCGCGACGAAGAAUGAAUGGUAUUUCACGGUGUGCGUGCGGCUCUGCGUGUUUUUUUCUCUUUGUGCGUGCGUGCGCUCGUAGGCAUGCUUGUACGCGUGUGUGCGUAGUGAAUUACGUCAUAUAGAUAGAUCAUAUGUGCUUUCUAAUGAUGAAUAAUUUUAUAAAUAUAAAUAUAAUAUCGAUCUCUCACGUGUACAUUUAUUUUGGAAAUUCGCGCCUGGUCCGCGCGGGUUUGAUCAUUAAACUGUAAUUAGUUUUCA